GGCCCCCGGCUGCCCUGGCCUUGCGGGAAGCAUCCCGGUCUUGGGGUGUACUUUCCAGCGCUGCUUAAAUUGCCCACAAGGCAGGUUUUGCAGCCGGCGGCCUAGGGCAGCCUAAUUGUAUCCUUCCAGUUAGCCCCCCGGGCUGACCGGCCGCCCCUGCUGUGCGGGGCUCCAGGGGGUGAAAGAUACAACAGGAUUUUCGGGACAAAGAAGGCAAAAAAACCAGGCCAGGAGUGACGGGAAGGGCAAAGGGUUAAAAACGUGAAAAUGAGCGCGCCUGAGGGGGACACGGAGCAGGCCCCGGGCCGCGCCACCGCGGCCGCACCGCGGCCGAGGAGCCGGUGGACGCUGCCCGCUGGCGAUGUGCCUGGAAACGUGCUCGGGCACGGGAGAGGCAAGCGGCCCGCAGUCUCUGGGCACCUUCCCGGCCAGAGCUUGCUUCCUGGUCAGGUGCUUGGCCAGGAGCAGGUUGACCAGGACUUGGUGGGGCCGUGGAUGGGGGGACCAAAAACAAAAAUGGGGGUGACAUUCAACCAGAUUUUCAGCCCCGAUCUGGAGGUGGAGCGGCUGUCACAACCCUCCUCAAAGGCUGGAGGCGGUGGCCAAACCCAACCCGGCUUUGCUGCCAGAGGCUGCAACAUUGCCAUGAUACCAUCUAUUGUGCUUUAGCGUUUGCUUCGUGCUGUGGUUAAUAAGCAGUCAGGCCAGCCCUAAGUUAAGUCAAGUAAUGAUUGUGGCUGCCUGUGGUGAAGCGGGAUGGGUUGCAGGGUAGAAGAUCGUAUACAAAACGAGCAAUUGCCACAUCGCCCGCAGGGUUACAGCUCCAUAGACAGCAACACCAGAAGAAUCGUAGCUGUUUAAUACAGUGCUCUUCAGCCAUGUGUUCCCAAGACCCUUCAAAGGUAGAUAACUGUCAUUAUGCUUGUUUUUCGAGGUAGGGAAACGCGUGUUCACCCAGGGUCACCAGUCAGUGGCAGAAUGAGGCAAAUCCAAAUCCCAGGGCCUAUGUGUUGUACCAUGUUUGGUGUGCUUGGUAGUUGAGAGAAAUAAACAGUGCAAGGGAUUACAUACCCAGGGAUCAAAAUAUUUAGAGAAAAAGGGGUUGUUGUUUUGUUUGUUUUAAAUUCCCUGUUUGUUUGCCGAUACUGUCUCGACUGUUUACCACCCCAUGUUUUAGCUCUCCAACAUUCAUCUUUCACAGAGACAUUUCAUAUGUUUGCUUGAUGAAAACCUUUUCCUGCAACCCUUGAUGACGUGAGUAGUCUGUUUCGAUACAGGUGGUUGCCAUGUCUUCAGUAAAGCUAUUAGCUUAAGCAUUACAGGACAGGCCUCAUGUCCGGUAAUUGCCCAUGUUAGACAUGUUUAAAUCGAGGCCUUUUUCAUCGAAAUGUCCUCUCUUCUUCCCAGACGUGCCUUCAGGCAACAAUCACAGUAGGGAUCAACGGACAGCUACCAGCCUGUGUACAUUUCCUGUCAUUCCUGGAAAGCAAUACGGAUUCCAUUUGUUACUCGCAUGUUACUAGUUUAAGAGUCUGGGCCGGUUACUUGAGAUCGGAGUUGGGAAGAUAAGCCUGUAGCUCAGGGUGAUUCUCGCUUGCUCCUGCCUCUGCAGCCCUGUCUCUGCCCUCUAGGGACCACUGUCCCCUCCAACUUAUUUAAAGACUUCAAACUGCAUUUAUACUCCAAACACACAAGGGGGAGCUACCCACUAAAAAAUUUAGCAGCCACUUAAUUAGCUCUGCCUCUAAUGGGUAAAGAUAUCUUUUGCCAUUAAAAUCACUGUCCUCCUUCUUGAAGUAGAAUAUUUCCCUGGACCUCAAGUUUCAGGGGUAUUGGUUAUAGCCUUGUUGAGCUAAAGAUAUAGGCACCCAAGGUUUUUUGGGUAAACAUGAUCUCUUUCAUUAGACCAACUAAAUAGUUGGAAAUUUUGUUCUUUACAACCUUUCAGACACAGACACCGUUCUUCAGACAUGGGGAGAGUGUGCUGGGGUUUGUGUACUCUCUCGGGUGGAAUAGAAGCUUAAGCUAAUAUGCAAAAUGCAGGUCUGUGAAAAUGCAAAUGUGUGUGGCAGGGAGAAUCAGAAGGAAUGGGAGUUAAUGGGUGCAAGACAGGUUGGGAGGGGUGGGGAAGACACAAAAGGGGAAUGUUGACAGAUGAUAAAAUGUAGAGAAGUUACUCCAGGUAGAAGCAAGGUCCUUUUGAUAAUAUUUUGUCCAACAUUUCCAGCUGUACAAUUGGUCCAAUCAAAAAUAUUACCCAAAAACUUUCCAUCUUGAAUAAUUAUAGGGAUAUUAUAUUAUAGGGGCAUUUACCUAGUAAAGUUGGCAUUGGAAUGAGUUCAGCCCAGCAAACUUAAACACCCUUGACUUAACUUUUCCAUAAACUCUUGGAGGUAAGCACUGCCUUGGAGGCCCAGCACCUCUGUUGCACUUGAAAGAUGCUGCUGUAAUGUAAAUGAGAGAGUAAGUAAGUGUGUUGAAGCAGAUCUCAGUCCUAUCCGUGCACUUUGGCUUUACUGGCACAAGAAUAACCUCCCCAUUGAAACCUCCCCAUGUCACUUGAUUCCAGGAGCUAGAGCCUGGGCUAUACAAGGGCAAAUUGCACCAUUGACUUGUUUCUGGCAGUCUCUCAGAUUUCUGGGAUAAAGGUCUUGUGAGAGCUGGCUGUUUGGCUUCAACCAUCUUGCUUGACUCCUCUCCCUUGCUUCAGGACAGUCCUUGCUUAGGAUUAUGCCUGCUUCUCCCCCAGCCUCUUCCUCAGUGAAUCCUUGUUUCUGACAUGCAUCUUUUACCAGCCAGUUCCUCACAUAGGUGCUGUCUUCUCUUCUCACACCUCAGCCCCACUUCUUGGCAUGAAGAGAGUCCAGUUUUCUGAAGACCCAUAUAUCUUUGGUGCCUGUGCUGAGGCUGAUCAAUGCAAGACAAAUGAACAGCACUGGGGACACUUUUUUGUUUUUGUUGGGGAACAGGGGCAGGGAGACCCUCAUCCCACUGGGAACUGAAUGGAGACCCAUAUCUCUUCCCCUCCUCCUGACUUCUUACACAGCCAUCAGUUAAAGUCACUGCAUGAUUGAUAACACAACUGAGCUGGGGAGGACUCUGUCCCCAGGAGUCAGAGUCUCAGUACCCUGUUUCCUGAGCCAGGCAGUCAUUUGUUCAAAAUCCUUCCAACACAAAUAAAUACAACAAGCAUAUGAGUGAAACUUCCCUCUAGGGCCAAAAUCAUAAUGUUUCUUGCAGGUGGGGUGUGUAUUUCUACUUGUCAAGCCUGAAAUAAAAACAGGAAAGUUCUCCUGAUGGCUCCCUUUGGGAGCGAUGUUUGAGAAGACUGAGAACGCUUAAGGCCAAGGAGAGCGGUGGGCAGAGGGCUGCUGUGUUUGUUUGUCUGGAUUUAUACCACAGGAGCAAGGGCUCUCCAGGUACCCCUGUCACAGGUUACAACAAUAGCAAAUAAGGACAAAUAAAGCUAGAGAGUAACCCUACUCCUGAGCCAGAUUCUACAUGCUCCUUCCCCUACACAAUCCUCACCCCCAUUAUUUUUCCCCUCUGCAAGAGGUGCAGUUAAUUAGCAGGGGACAAUUAAAUAAAGAAGCUCAGUCCUUCUCUUUCCCAGCAAUUUGCCUGGGUUUCUUCUUUGCUUUUUCUUUUUCCCCCAAGCUUACGUUCUAAUUAAUUACAAGUUUAAUUUCACCCCCAUACCGCUAAAGCACUUCCAAAAAUCAUGCACAAUGUACAGGCCUUUGUGAGGAAGGCACUGACCCUCCACCAUCCUCAUGUAUGGUGUGCGUGUCCCUGUCAGCUAUUAGACACAGCCACAUAUCUUUUGGAAUAGCUGUGAGCCUUACUAGCUCUUAUAGAUGUGCAGGCAAGUUGGAGUCUCUGUGCUUUUUCCAGACUCAUCUUUGGGGGCUGGAAGGGAUGUAUAGCUCUGGAGGUUGGCAGAGGGUCUUACAAAAGAACAGUCUAUUGACCAGCAAAGCUAAAUUUUGCCUGCUACUCUUCUGUUGCCACCCCCUCCUCUCCUUGGGGGUGGGAAGAGCUGGUGGGAGGGAUUUCUGACUGUCAGCAAGAAAGAAACAAGAGAGCAUGUGAAUCAAAGGAACUAGACCUGAGCAAGGCAAGGGGGAAGUUUUGUGAGGCUGCUGAAAUGCAGGGGAGAGAAGAGCUGCUCCUUUAGGUGCCUGUGUUGAGAGGGGGAGAGACUUCUGCUAGGAACAAGGUGGGAGCCUGGCUUAAGGUGUGUGUAGAGGGUUAAAUGAAAACAGCCCGUGGCUGGGGAAUUUAGUGCAUCCUUAGAGAGGUGGACUUCUGUGUGCAAAGAGGAGCUCCCUUCCUUUCUGUGUGCUGGAUUAUCUAUUGCUUUAUGAAGUGCUUGAGGACUCCAAACUGAGCAAGUCCACAUAGGGCUUCCCUGUUGGACAGAACCCAGAUCCUGUUAAGCCAUCAGCAGUGUGGGUCCUGUCAAGGCGCAAAUGCCAGAAGAAGUCUCCUCAGCAUAUUUCAAUGCUAACAAGCACAACUAAGGAGCCAGGCUUGGUUCCUAGAAAAACUCUGUGACAGCCUGUGUUCCAGUCACUUCCCCUGGACUCCAGGGACAAGAGAAACUUGCCUCAGCUGAACCUGUAUGGGAGGAAAUGUCCAGGAGUGAUAAAUCUGUUUCUCCUGUGAGCCCCAGGAAGACUCCAGCAGCAUUGCUCAUUGUAAGAAACAGAGAAACUGGCAACAUCAGGAAAUAGCAAUGAGCAUUUUUCUUUGAGGAACUGGAACUUGCCAGCCUGUCUCUGGGGAAAGCUGUAAAACUUUCUAGGCACCCUCCAGAUCUGCCUUGCAAAGGAAAAGGGUGAUAGCGGCAAGAAUGGAGCUACACAUGUUGGCACAAUUGUUUGUUUUCACCCUGCAAGCAUCUUUGCUCAUCUAUGGGAACAAACUGCAGCCCCUGAUGCCAAACGUUUGUACAGAGCAAGAGCUGGCAAUUGUGGGGCACCAGCAGCCAUGCGUGCAAGCCUUCACUCGGAUGGUCAAAGUGUGGAAGCAGGGCUGUGCAGGACGUCUGUGGUGCUUGGGCUAUGAACGAAGAACAACAUAUUACACGAGCUACAGACAAGUGUACACCAUGGAGUAUCAGACUGUGUACCGGUGCUGCCCAGGAUGGUCCCAGCUUGGAGAGGAUGCUGGCUGUUUUUACCCAGCUGUCUGCAGCUAUGGCGUUUGCUUCAAUGGAGGAAACUGCAUGGAAGGAUCUGCUCAGCUAUGUCAGUGCCCCUCUGGUUUCCAAGGACCCCGCUGUCAGUAUGAUGUGAAUGAAUGUGAAGUAGAGAAUGGGGGUUGCGAGUCCCAGUGCUGCAACACUAUUGGCAGUUUCUACUGCAAGUGCUCCAGUGGCCUGAAGCUGAAGGAUGAUGGGAAGGCCUGUGAAGAUGUUGAUGAGUGCCAAGUUCACAAUGGGGGCUGCCAGCAUAGAUGCGUGAACACCCUGGGGUCCUAUUACUGUGAGUGCAAGCCAGGCUUUCGUCUGCACACAGAUGGCAGGACCUGCAUUGCCGUGAACACCUGUGCUGUCAACAAUGGUGGCUGUGAGCACAAUUGUCUGCAGCUGACGUUAACUCAACACCGGUGCCAAUGCCGGCACAACUAUCAGCUGAAGGAGGAUGGCAAGCAUUGUAUCUUGAAGAGCCCAUGUGCUGAUCGAAAUGGAGGCUGUAUGCACAAAUGUCAAAAUCACCGUGGCAUGGCACACUGUGAGUGCCAUCCUGGCUACCGGCUGGCAGCUGACAACAAGGCCUGUGAAGAUGUGAAUGAGUGUGCAACUGGACUGGCCAUGUGUGCACACAGCUGUCUCAACACUCGGGGCUCCUUCAAAUGCACUUGUAACCCCGGGUAUGAGCUGGGAGCAGAUGGCAAGCAGUGCUACAGGAUAGAGAUGGAGAUCGUGAAUAGCUGUGAGGCCAACAAUGGUGGAUGUUCCCAUCUUUGCCGUCACACCAGCUCUGGUCCAGAGUGCACCUGUAACUUGGGUUACCAACUCGAUGAGGAUCAAAAAACUUGCAUUGAUAUUGAUGAAUGUGAAAGUGGCUCCCAUUGUUGUCAGCAGGACUGCAGCAAUUCCCCUGGUGGUUAUGAAUGCGUUUGCUAUGCUGGCUACAGGCUCCACACUAAUGGCUGUGGCUGUGAUGAUGUGGAUGAGUGCUCCUCAGACAAUGGUGGGUGUGAACAUACCUGUCAGAAUCAGGUGGGUUCUUUCCAGUGCAGCUGCCAGAUUGGCUACAAGUUGGAUGAAGACCGGCGGAGCUGUAUUUCUCUAGGUGACUCCACAGAGGUUCUGGAUGGUCAGCGCCUCAUUAUGUACCCUCUCCCUCAUGUCGCCGUCCUGCGUGAUGAACUCACACAGCUCUUUGAGGAAGACUAUGAGUAUGAUGAAGAAGAGAUGGAAGCAAGAGGAGAGCACACGCUUUCAGAAAAAUUUGUUUGCUUGGAAGACACCUUUGGGAAUGACUGCAGCCUGACGUGUGACGACUGCAGGAACGGCGGGGCGUGCAAUGAGGAGCGCACUGGCUGUGACUGCCCGGAAGGCUGGAGUGGGAUCCUGUGCAAUCAGACCUGCCCUGAAGGCACCUUUGGUCGAAACUGCAACUUCACCUGCCGCUGUGAGAAUGGAGGCACAUGUGAUCCCAUGACGGGGACCUGCCGCUGCCCACCCGGGGUCAGUGGAGAACUGUGUGAGGAUGGCUGCCCUAAGGGCUUCUUUGGGAAACAAUGCAGGAAGAAAUGCAACUGUGCUAAUAGAGGCCGGUGCCAUCGGAUUUAUGGGGGCUGUCUCUGUGAUCCGGGCCUGUAUGGGAGAUACUGUCAUCUAGCUUGUCCCAAGUGGGCUUAUGGCCCUGGCUGUUCAGAGGAAUGCCUUUGUGUGCAGCAAAAUACCCAGGACUGUGACAAGAAGGAUGGCACCUGUCGAUGCAAGCCUGGCUACCACGGCAAAAGGUGUCAGACCAAGUGCGAUGCUGGCUAUUAUGGGAUUGGCUGCAAGAACAACUGUAACUGCCACCUUGGGGUGGCCUGUGACCACGUGAGCGGAGAGUGUCAGAAAGAAUGUCCUGCAGGCUUCUACGGAGAGAACUGUGACGAAGGAUGCCCUGAAGGGAAGUUUGGUGUUAACUGUUUGCAGUCCUGCUCCUGCGGGGGUUCUCCUUGUGAUCAAGCCACUGGGAAGUGCCGCUGCCUGCCUGGCAAGACAGGACAUGACUGUGGCAGAGUCUGCCCUGAUGGCCACUGGGGAGUUGGCUGCCAGGAGAUCUGCCCUGAGUGUGAAAACAGUGCCAGCUGUGACCCUGCCACUGGAGCCUGCCUGUGCCCACCUGGAUAUAGGGGCAGCCGCUGUCAAGACAUGUGUCCGGCUGGCUGGUUUGGACAGGGCUGCCAGAUGAGAUGCAGCUGUGGGAACGACGGUCACUGCCACCCCACGACAGGGAAAUGCAGCUGUGCCCCAGGCUGGACUGGGUAUAAUUGUAGAAGAGCCUGUGAUGCUGGCCACUGGGGCCUGGACUGUGCCAACACUUGCAACUGCAGCAACAGUGAUGGGAGCUGCAAUCUGGUGACAGGGCAGUGUAUCUGUGAAGCUGGCUACAUGGGCCCCCACUGUGACCAGAAGUGUCCUGAAGGAUGGUUUGGGUUGAACUGUCAACACCGCUGCCAGUGCGACAAUGGAGCCAUGUGUGACCAUGUCAGCGGGGCAUGUACAUGCAGCCCUGGCUGGAGAGGCACCUUUUGUGAGCACGCCUGCCCUGAUGGGUUUUACGGACUUGAGUGUCAGGAAACCUGCCCGUGUCUGAAUGGAGCCCACUGUGAUCACGUGACAGGGCGCUGCACUUGUCCAGCAGGCUGGCUCGGCCUGAGCUGUAACCAGACCUGUCAGGAUAACAGAUAUGGGGAGAACUGCAGUCAGUUAUGCAGCUGCUUCAACAAUGCUUCCUGCGACCCCAUGAGUGGGCAGUGUCUCUGUGCAGCUGGAUGGACAGGAGCCACCUGCCAGCAAGCAUGCCCACAGGGUUUCUAUGGAGCCAGCUGCCACCAACGUUGUCUCUGUCAGAAUGGUGGGACCUGUAACCCGGUCUCGGGGCGCUGUACAUGCCCUGAAGGAUGGACCGGACUGGCAUGUGAGCUGGAUUGUGCCCAAGGGCAGUACGGGAUGGAUUGCCGGCAGAGCUGUGAGUGCCACAAUGGGGGGCUGUGUGACCGUCAGACAGGCCACUGCUUCUGCCAGGCUGGCUGGACCGGUGCCAAGUGUGAGAGCCCUUGCCCCAGAGGCACGUUUGGCGAACACUGUGAGGAGGAGUGUGAUUGUGGGGAUGGAGCCUCUUGCCAUCCCGUCACCGGUGUUUGUGACUGUCCCAGGGGCUGGCGGGGCCAGCACUGCGAGAGAGCCUGCCUGCCUGGGUCAUUUGGGAAGGACUGCGCUGGCCACUGUAGCUGUCCCCCAGGAACUCCCUGCAAUCACAUCACUGGCCAGUGUGGCUGCCCACCAGGAUUCACAGGCCAUGGAUGCGAGCGAUCCUGUCUGCCUGGGACCUUUGGGGUGAACUGUGCUCAGGUCUGCCACUGCCCUGGUGCAAACCAGGACUGUGACCCCAUCACUGGGGAGUGUGUCUGUGCUCCAGGUUAUCACGGCCCCCGGUGCCAGCUCCGGUGUUCGCCAGGAUGGUACGGCUCCAACUGCGAGAGGCAGUGCCAGUGUAAGAAUGAGGGUCACUGCGCAACCACCACCGGGGCCUGUCAUUGUCUGGCGGGGUACAUGGGAGCUGACUGCAGCAUCAGCUGCCCUGCUGGUCGCUAUGGCAAGAACUGCGCGCAGCUCUGCUCCUGCGGACAAGGAGCGACCUGCCAUCCUGUGACAGGCACCUGCAUUUGUCCAGCAGGAAGAACUGGUCCCAGAUGUGAGCAAGCCUGCCAGAAGAACCGGUAUGGGGCUGGAUGCAAGCAGACGUGCACCUGCCAGGGCAGAGGGAUCUGUCGUGCAGCUGAUGGCUCCUGCCUGUGUGGCCUGGGGCGGACCGGGAUGUUUUGUGAACUUGAAUGCGCCCCAGGGAUGUAUGGUGCCAAUUGCCAGCUGCGCUGUGCCUGCCAGAAUAACGGGACUUGCGACUCAGUGACGGGAGCCUGCCACUGCACCAGAGGAUACUACGGGCACCUGUGUGAACACAGUUGCCCACCAGGUUUCCAUGGUCUCAGCUGCCAGGAGCUGUGUGACUGUCACAAUGGAGCCACGUGUGAUCCAGUGACUGGGCGGUGCCUGUGUCCUGCUGGCUUCUAUGGUGCCCACUGCCAAACAGGUUGUGAGGCAGGGAAAUAUGGGGAGGGAUGCCAGAGAACAUGCGACUGUGAAGGCAAUGUGCCAUGCGAUCCAGCCACUGGGCGCUGUCUGUGUCCUCCUGGAAAAACUGGGCCCAAAUGUGACUUGGACUGUCGCACAAAUAAGUAUGGCCCAGACUGCACCAUGACCUGUGACUGUGCCACAUUCAACUCUCACUGCAGAGCCCAGAAUGGCCAAUGCCUUUGUAUGAAUGGGUACAUAGGCCCCACCUGCCGAGAAGGUGGCCCCCCUCGUCUUCCAGCUGCUCAGCGCUCAGACGCGGAGUCAGGGGUUCCCCAUAGAACACCAUACCAUUCCCUCCAUGGCAUGUUCCAGCGUGUCCAUCAUUAGGCUACAUUGCCCAAAGCCAUAAGGAAAAUCAUCACAGAGGAGCGAGUCACAAGUUGGCUAAGUGAGCCACUAGCCCAUGUUGAAGACUUCCUUACCAGUUAACAUUUAACUACAGAGUAUUUUACAACAGAAUUAUGGAUCUGUUACUUUUAAAAAGCAAGCUUGAAGAUGUCUGUCCCUACCAAGUGCAACCUAAAUCUUUGCUACAAGAAGGGAACACAUCUUUAAAAAAAGCCUGUAAAAAACUCACAGGGCUGGAAACAGAUGAAACAGAGUUUUCAUCUUUGGUAGCACACAAUGCUCACAGACUUCUGGACACAAUUUGUUAUAUUUUAUGAUGUCCAAGCUGCAGCAGUGCAGACACGGUUGCUUAAUCCACUUGGCUAGAGGACUCCUGUGGCUCUUCUUGUAAUUGUUUUUAUAUUAUUGUUUACCUGCUAUUAUAGUCAAUAAUACAUAUUUAUGUAAAGAUAUUUAUGGGAAGAUGUACAAAUAUGACUUCAUGCUUGAUAGCUAACCUGCCCUUGCUCUCUGGUGGCCAAACAGAGCAUGGAGAAGAUGUACUUUACCACUUGAGUUCUGGACUUACGAUCAUUUUUUUCCACUUUAAUUUACUGUUGGCCACUGGAAUAUGGCCACUGUUACACAUGGACCUAUACUAAAUAAAUGCAACAUUAGUCAUAACACUUGCUAGUGAAUUGUGGCUCGUACUGCAAUUCACACUCGCAGGUGAGGGGUCCUUCAAGGGCUGUGUGAACUGCAGGUUAAACUCCUGAGCCCUGUCUUGUGUGCAGCUGCUGCUCUUGGCAUCACAGGUUUCCAAGAGACACUAUCUUGUUUGUGAGUAUGAACCUGUAACAGUGGGUUGUACUAGCUGAGCAAGAGAGAGAUUCAUUGUUAUAUCUUCUUUUAUCAAAUGAGCAAAUCAUCAUCCAAUAUAUAACCUGGUCUAGAUGCACUGCUAAACCCUGAUCGCAUUUAAAAAGGCAAUCAAAAGUUUACAGAAGGCAAUUUUGCAUUCUAAGCCAUUGCAAAAAUUUACUACUGUACAUUGUCCCUCUUGACUCCUUGGCACGAGAAAGUUACAUUUUAGGAGCGAGAUUAACUCUGAUGCUUAUUUGAUGAAGAAUGUAUAUAAUUCCUAUGUGUACUCAUGGAAAUUGAUGGGUUCCUAGUGCACAAUGUGGCAGUAUUAUGUCAGAAAUACCACAAAGUGGUAUCUGGCCUGGAUUCUAAUAAAAAUUGAA